AUGAAUUCACGCCGCAUCAAACGAAUAUUACAAAUGGUCAAAUUUGAGGAGCAUAAACAAGAUGACUCGUGUUCUUCACAUUCAUGUGAAUCAAAUAUUUCGGAGUACCCUUCGUUGUCAGAAUCUCUGGAUUUCGGUUCAGAUAGCAGCAGCGGAAUGAAACAUGUAGAAUUACUAAAGAAUGUUCAAAGUCCUUUUCCAUGGGAAGUUGAUUAUCAAGAUAUAGGGGCAAUCUACGAGCAACCUGUGCCAUCAACGAGUAAGCUUAUAGAAAAACCUACCUGCUCAACACAAUCCAAAAAUAAAAUUCUUGAUCAAUGGGCAACAAACCCUUCAUCAAAAAACAGCGACUCUACAACUCCGCCAAUAGAAAAUAAUAUUACUACGGUAAAGGCAAGUCGUAUACGGAGAAAGCAUGUUUGUUCCUUUUGUGAGUUAAGUGUCACUAAUUUUGCUAGACAUCUAGAACGCAACCAUGCAGAUGAGCUCCAGGUGCAACAGUUCAUGUCAUUGGAUAAAAAAUCAUCCAAAAGGAAAAAAUUAUUGGACAAAAUCCGAAGAGAAGGAGACUUUUCAAGUUCAGAAAUUGUUCCCGUAAUGAAACUUCAACACCCUGUAAAUGAUUACAUUGUAUGUACGUUUUGUAGAGGAUAUUACAGCAAAACGUCUUUGAGGAAGCAUACAAAAAAUUGCUUUUUUAACCCUGACCCAUCAUUACGCUUUAAUGCUCAGAUUGAAGGGCAAACAUUUAUGGCGGGUCCAUUUGGUCCUCAUGAUCCUCUAAAACAGAGUGGACUCUUAAGUGCGCUAAAAGCUGAUGAAAUUUCCCUUAUAGCUAAAAAGGAUCCAAUAAUUUGUGAAGUUGCGCGAAGGUACCUAAAAUCUCACAGGGAAAAACACUUGGUCUUGGUUGCAAAGAGACAUAUGCGUCGAUUAGCACGUCUUCUUUUAAAUCUGAGAGAACUGGAGAGAAAUCCCAAGUUAACUAUAAUUGACUUUUUAAAGCCUCAAAAAUUUCAAAGUCUAGUGAAGGCUACGUUAAAUAUAGCCGAAUAUAAUAAAUUACAGCACACCUUUAAAUCACCGUCACUUGCUCUCCAAAUGGGCACUUUAAUUAAACAGGCAAUUCACACCGCAUAUUCCUAUGAAGCUCAGAAAACGGCGUCUUGCAAAGACCGACUGGAAAACUUUAAUAUGUUAACCACUUUGAUUGAAAGUGACUGGGCACAUGAGGUUUCGAGUCGUGCAGGACAAAAUCUGGCAAUAAACAGAUUUAAUAAACCUUCUGUUAUACCAGUGGCGAAAGACAUUAAGACAUUUGACGAAUACCUGAAAAAUUUGAUGAGAGAAGCUCAAGUUAUUUUAACAAACCAGCCAGAUAACUCCAAAGCGUAUCGUGAUCUAAUGGAUGGAGUAUUCUGCAGCAUUGUAAUAUUUAAUAAAAGACGUGCAGGUGAGAUGCAAAGAAUAUAUUUGUCGACAUUUUUGCAAAAUUAUGACAGCAUUCCAUUCAUGGAGUUCGAAAAAGCAUUGACAAACUCUGAAAAAAUUUUGUAUAGGUCAUUAAAAAGAGUUGUCAUUCGGGGAAAGCGGGGGAGAGGCGUACCAGUCCUUUUUGAUAAAGAAACCGUUAAGUACAUAAACUUUUUGGUAGAUGUACGAAAACAUUUUAAUCUUUCCGAAAAUCCAUAUCUUUUUGGGGUGCCUGGCAGAUCAAAUCCUAUUCACGGCUAUGGUGUUAUACGGAAACAUGCUCUAGCUGCAUUAGGCAAUAAAGAAAAAGCUUCCCUUUUAACAUCAACCAAACUGCGCAAGCAUUUGGCAACCAUAACACAAAUCUUUAAAAUGGAAAAAAAUGAAUUAGAACAAUUGGCGACAUUUAUGGGUCACACUGAGAAAACCCACUCCGAGUUUUAUCGCUUACCAGACGAUGUAUACCAGACCGCAAAAGUCAGCAAAAUACUUUUGCUUUCAAAAACAGGAGAUUUUGAAAGAUACAAGGGCAAAAGACUGGAAGAAAUAGAGAUUGACAGCGAAAUAAUUGAAGAAAAUGAGGAUGAGGAUCAGGAAGAAUAUAUUGAAACAUUUGAAGAUCAACCUCGAGAAACUGAGAACGCCGUGGAUGUGAAUGCAAGCAAUAUUUCUGCUACAAAAAAUAUAAAAAAAGGUUCUAAAAGAACAUUGGUACGUUGGACUGAAGAACAAAGAAAAUUGACAGAAGAUUUUUUUAAGGAUCACAUAAUGAAACGUAAGGCUCCAAAAAAACAUGAAGUGCUAAAUUUAAUUGAAAACCAUCCCAGCGUUUUCCAGCACAAAACUUGGCCAGUUGUUAAAGUUUAUGUAUGUAAUAAGUUCAAAAAAUUAUAA